AUAAAUAAGACUGUAGUAUAAUGGAGCAAAAAUCGCGAAAAAUUAUGACGAGGUUUCAUCCAAACCAUGGGUCAAAUAUUCGACUCCUCGAUGACAAUACAGUGGCCUUACGCAUCAGCAGUUUUGCAAAUGCUUUGACGUUCAGUGAAAAACCACUACAACCCGGUGAAAUAUUCCUCUUAGAAAUCGAGAAGAUUCAAAUAGGAUGGUCUGGUCACCUUAGGUUAGGACUCACGCAAAACGACCCGGCCACUCUGUUCAAUGCUGGCAUGCCACUAUAUGCUCUCCCUAAUUUGAUGAGGGUGGGUACCAAUUGGAUCUUCGCCAUCACAAAGGAUCUCAAAGUUCGGGAUAACUUUGGAAACGUUACCGGUGGAAUAUCCAAUGGAGAAAAACUGGUCUCCGAUGGAGUCAAUGUUCAUACUUCACGUGGUAUCAUUCCUUACAGUACUCUCAGGUCUAAUACCAUGGGGUCCACUCAAAAUAUUUUACCGACUGACAUAGGAAGUAGGAUUGGACUAAUGUAUGUCCCACAGGCUGGUUCUGAUAAAGCCGAGUUGCAUUUUAUUAUCAAUGGAGAGGAUCAAGGAGUUUGCGGGAAGGACAUUCCAUAUAAGGCUGGUCCUUUACAUGUUCUUGUUGAUGUCUAUGGAAUCACAAAACAAGUCAGGAUAAUACAACUGUAUGGAGUAUCAACUCUUCAGAGUGCAUGCCGUGAUGCUAUAUUAGAAUAUACAAAAAGGACCGAUGUGGAUUCCCUUCCAUUACCUCGAAUCCUGAAGGACUACCUCUUGUAUAAAUCGCAGUGAACUACUGUACGGGUGAUC